GUUUAUUUCACUUUCCUCAAAUGCUGGAUGCACCAUAUUUGACCAUCAGCAUGUUCGAGGCAGAACGUAUUACUGAGCCUAGUCUCCUUGAUAACUUUCUCGUUACGCCUGGGGUCUCUAGCCCGAGCACUGAAGCCUCAGGGGGCGCACCUCAGCCAGAAUCACAGACGCGGAAGGCAAGGCUAGUUCUGCUCCAGCCUCUAGUCAACGCCGAAUUGCUUGAAGCCUGCAGGAUUUGCAACGAUAAUGGGCUUCUCACUUCCGAAAACGAAUUCCUUAAUAUCCAGCCACUUAGUAGGGCGUGGAGACGGGCAAUAACGAGUAUUCCGCCCUUUUCUCAUUUGAUAUUCGACCUUACGCUGCCCAAAGAGACUGAAGAAUUGAACGACACCUUUCAUCAAGUGCACUGGGAUACUUUUAUUCCGGAGGAAAAGAGUCUCGGUGUCCCUCUACGGGACGUCUUGACUUUGGUCAGGACUAUUGCUACCGGAACAAAAAUACGAGCCAGUGGUGACGUGAGGUUCGAGGUCGUCUACGAAGAGGUUGAAGGGGCCAAAGGGAUAGCGCCGAGGGCGAUAGCGAGUCUAAAGAAGCAGCUCCUUGCACUGAGUCAGCAGGUCCGAGAAGUAAAGGACCGAGAAAAGGGCGAGUUAGACGGAAAGACUCGUAUAUAAAACAAACUCUAUAUCCAGCGCCCUUAGCUCCUCGCUUGCAUCGUUAGUUGGUAGCCUGUGAAUGUCCAAUGUUUUCCCAAUCUCAUGUUGAUAUCUCUAGAAACCAGAAUGUCACUGCGGAAUCUGAGCUUCAAUAUGAUGUGGGUUAUUCGAAGCCGCUCUUGCAGGUAGGUUUUUUAUCCGUUUAUACUGUUGUCUCUAAUGACUUAA